AUGAAGCGUGAACUGAGAAGCUCGGAAGCGCUGGACAGCUGUUUCGACCUGGUUGGGUCUCAUCAGCAAUGCGAAUCCAUCGACCCGACUGGGGAUCGAACCCGGGACUUCAUGGGCAGAACACAAGCGUUCUACCCAUUACGCCACCCGGCAGCUGAUUGGACCCUCCCAUCAGGUUCACCAGUGUCCAGUCUGGGUUCACAGCCAUGGGCUGCGUUCCCUACCGGCUCGGGACAAUUGCCCGGCGCUCCAACGCUGUCUGUGGAUCGGCUUCUACCAGGGGUUAUGGGGCCUAUACCUCAAGCCUAUAACAGAUCUACUCCAAGCGUUAAUCACGUCUCUUCCGUAUUCCCUUCUUCAUCAAUUCACUCGGGUAAUGGAACUUACAGUCCCCAUGUCCCUUUGGGUUACACCGUGCACCCCACAUCGGAUCAAGUGGCGUCUAACGAUCGCUCCUUUCAAAACGUCGCGUUGACUCAAUCCUACUCGAUGCAAAACUGUUGCACCAUCCCUCAAACAUCAUUGCCGUAUGGUCAGUCGAUGCCAUAUCUAACAUCGUCUUUGCUGCCAUCCCUGUGCAAUGGGUUCCUUAAUAACAUACCCCAACAAAUGACCACUGUUCCGCCUCAUCCUCAGGCGGCUCUCGCUGCCGCAGCUGUUGCUGCGUCCAACGCCGCACGUAACUGCGAUCCACUACGGCACUUCGGUCCUACAUUGAUGAAUCAGCUAAAUCGUCGUCCUCGUCCCUCUGUGACAUCGAAGACCAACCUUUAUAUCAGUGGGUUGCACGAAACGGAUUCGGACGAAACAUUGAGACAAAUAGUGGAAUCAGUUGUUCAACCGAAAUCCUGCAAGGCUAUGACCGUAAAUGGAAAAUGCAAAGGUAAGAUUUGCUGA